UGAUCAAAUCUUCCUUCUAAAAGGAUCACUUUGGCUGCAAUGCAGAGAAUGUUUUGGAGUGGGGAGUGAUAGAGGUUUUGGAGCAACCCCUCAGGAAGUUAUUGUAGUGGUCCAGGCUGGAGAUGGUGGUGGCUUGGUGCAGGGUGGUGGCAGUGGAGGUGGAGAGGAGUGGGAGGUUUCCAUAGAGAUUUAGGAGAUGGAAUGUACAGGACUUGGUGAUAUAUUAGAUAAUGGAGAAGCAAAUGGCAAGGAUGGUUACCUUGGCUACCAAGAUAAAGAACCUUGAAAAGGGAAGAAGAUGAAAUCAGCUUCGGAUAUCAGGCAGGCAGCUGGGUCUGUGGGUCAGAGGCUUAAGCUGAGAACCCAGCUGGAAUUAAAUGUGAUGGCUGCAGCUCCUCCAAGUUACUGUUUUGUUGCCUUCCCUCCACGUGCUAAGGAUGGCCUGGUGGUAUUUGGGAAAAAUUCAGCCCGGCCCAGAGAUGAAGUGCAAGAGGUUGUGUAUUUCUCGGCUGCUGAUCACGAACCAGAGAGCAAGGUUGAGUGCACUUACAUUUCAAUCGACCAAGUUCCGAGGACCCAUGCCAUAAUGAUAAGCAGACCCGCCUGGCUCUGGGGAGCAGAAAUGGGAGCCAAUGAACAUGGAGUGUGCAUAGCCAAUGAAGCCAUCAACACCAGAGAGCCAGCUGCCGAGAUAGAAGCCUUGCUGGGGAUGGAUCUGGUCAGGCUUGGUUUAGAAAGAGGGGAAACAGCUAAAGAAGCCUUAGAUGUCAUUGUCUCCUUGUUGGAAGAACAUGGACAAGGUGGGAAUUACUAUGAAGAUGCAAACUCCUGCCACAGCUUCCAAAGUGCAUAUCUGAUUGUGGAUCGUGAUGAAGCCUGGGUGCUCGAGACCAUAGGGAAGUACUGGGCUGCCGAGAAAGUCACAGAGGGAGUGAGGUGCAUUUGCAAUCGGCUUUCGCUCACCACUAAGAUGGAUGCAGAGCAUCCGGAACUCAGGAGUUAUGCUCAGAGCCAAGGUUGGUGGACGGGAGAGGGCGAGUUCAAUUUUUCCGAAGUCUUUUCUCCAGUUGAGGAUCAUCUAGACUGCGGUGCUGGCAAAGACAGCUUAGAAAAACAAGAAGAAAGCAUCACGGUGCAGACUAUGAUGAACACCUUACGGGACAAAGCCAGCGGAGUGUGCAUAGACUCUGAGUCUUUCCUCACCACAGCCAGUGGAGUGUCUGUCCUGCCACAGAAUAGAAGCUUUCCAUGCAUUCACUACUUCACUGGAACCCCUGAUCCUUCCAGGUCCAUAUUCAAGCCUUUCAUCUUCGUUGAUGACGUAAAACUUGUCCCCAAAACACAGUCUCCCUGUUUUGGGGAUGACGACCCUGCCAAAAAGGAGCCUCGGUUCCAGGAGAAACCAGACCGCCGGCAUGAGCUGUACAAAGCCCACGAGUGGGCACGUGCCAUCAUCGAAAGUGACCAGGAGCAAGGUCGCAAGCUGAGGAGCACCAUGCUGGAGCUGGAGAAGCAAGGCCUGGAAGCCAUGGAAGAAAUCCUGACCAGCUCCGAGCCACUGGACCCUGCGGAAGUGGGGGACCUUUUCUAUGACUGUGUUGACACGGAGAUUAAGUUCUUUAAGUGAAGUAAGCGUUCCCUUUCCACUUCUUAUUUAAGACUUCCCACCUUACUAAAUUACCAGCAAAACAAACCACUCUCCUGUUUGAGUAAAAUGAGAAAGUUAAUAUGUGGCCUCCUUUUCUGAAGCCAGAUCAAACUGUUACCUUGUGUUCCACCUUGAAUCUCACAGCGUCCCCUUCUGCAAUGUAGGUCUCCUUCCUGUGCAGUGUAACAUGUAUCCCGUUGCCUGUUGUUCGGUUGUGUGACUAAUUGUGGAUUUUAAGCUGCUAUUAUUGUAUUUCAGUGGCAUUGGACACAUUAGCCUUUUACAAGAGGACUAGAGUUCAUCAAGCCUUGAAAGGCAGGCUUCACAGUGCCGAGUUGGCGGGAAAAGCAAAUCCUUUUGAAGUCUUAGUCUUUCCCUCAGUAGCGGUUUCUUUCAGGUUAACAAGAGGCAUUUGUGCACACACACAGGGCUCUUGUCUGUGUUGUCAAGGGGACCCUCCCUGGCCUCCCGUGAGUGCAUGCCUGUAGUGCACAGUGUCUCUACAGGUGUCUUCUGGGGGACAGAACCAAUCGGAAGGAAGAAAGGGACCCCUCUCCAGUCCUGGCUCCUUCCUACAUCCUGGGCUCCUGAAGAAGCUGUCUUCCCAUUUUCCAUGCACUGUGCUUAUGUGUGGUGGACUGCAGAGCUGCUUCCACUUACAGGAGAGCUGAUAAUUUGUUAGCUGGAACCUAUUCACUUCCGAGAUUCAGACAUAGCCAUGCUGGUGGCCUUCUGAAUCACUGCAUGGAUGUCCCAGGAGGCAGCUCACCCCACACAGCAGCACAGCCAUCACAGGAUUCCUUGUGUAGAAAUGAUUCCCAGUCUAGUUACCAACAGCUAGUCUAGGAGUAAUUGAAUGGCCCUAUGGCACAGUUCCACCCACAGAGCGGUGAAUCUCUCAGCCAACGAGGGAAAGAAAAGGAAGAACUCUUGACUAUUUAGAUUCUAGUUAAAUAUCUGGAAUCCUAGCAGUCACUACAUUAUCUCAGCAGAGAGACUUUAAUUAAACUGAUUUGUUUCCAAUGUCGGGUUCACUUAAAGGAUUUGACUUACCACCAGAGCAUAGAAAAGCAUGCAAGGAAGACCAGAUGGGCUUAGCAUUGGGAAGACAGAGGGCAAGGAGGCGAUAGAUGGAUAUAGAAGCAUUUCUCUGCAGGAUACCAGUUCAGGCCCACCCUUCCUGCCAAGGCCAUUACAUCCCACAAACCCAAAUACAAAGCAGCUGACUUUCCUGGAUCUUCCCCCCACUCCUCACACCUCACAUGUCCCAGGAGCUGCCUUCAUUCAGGCGGGUAGCUGCACUGGGCAUGGGGUGGUGGUGGGAGCUUACCGCCACCUAUUCAAACUCUCAGCCACUCCUGAAAUGGGCAGAGAUGAUGAACAGAAGUGUAUGUAAAUACAGCAGCUAGUGGGAGAGCACCAGUUGGGCCUAAUCCUGCCUCAUCAUUCUUGGCAGGAAUCUGCAAAUGGAAACAUUGUGAGUAUCAGCAAUCUGGGAAGUGACAGGGUUAAUAACUCCUUCCCAGAAGCUGUAUCAUGAGAUUUUGAGGGGACCCAGCCCCAUUACAUGGAUGUGAACAGUGAGGAUCAGAGGUUUUAUCAGAAGACAUUCUUUUUUUCUACCAACUCUCCAGAGCAUGAGUAUAGGAGUGCCAUGAGCUUUUUGCUCAGCAGUUUUGUAAACUCUGUAUAUAAAAUCAUUAACCACACAUUGUGGGCGAUGGGAAGACGAUUUCAGCUGACAGAGUUAAUGGCAACCAAUAAUGGUGGCCUGUAGCUGCUAAGAGCUUCACGCAGGUUUGGCCUGGGCUUUCAUUGUUGGUGAAUUUAGAGUGUCCUUUUAGGUGGGGCGGCUAUUCUAAAAGUGUCUUUCUAUCACUGUUAAGGGGGGGGAUAGUGAGGUUCGACGAUGACGUAGGUAACUCUUCCCUCCCAAGUCCAUGUUCCAAGUGGCUAUGUAAAGCAAGAUGAUGCAGAAAGCUGCUCUAAAAUUUCACUGAGUGAUUUCACCUUCGCCUACUAUGAAAUGUCUCAUCAGACCUGACAUGUCUGAGAUAACCAAGGUGAUUCAGGAUUUGAUCAAAAGACAUCUAGUAAGAAUUAAUUACACAGAAGCCUCCUUUCAUUUCUAUGGGCCAAACAAAGGCCAUGGAUAACCCUACCCGCUUUAUGUCAUUACCCAUUGGGAAACACAAUGGCUACUUCUGUUAGGGGACAUUGACCUUGGUCAAGCAUCUUAAAGAAGGCAACCGUAAUUGAGAGCUGUCUUGGCUAAUACUCUACACCACAAUUGUGAUGUCCUAGUCCUACCACUAGAGGGCAUGGCACAGCCUGGCAAAAGUUAAAAGGGGCGUGGCAGCUCCCAUCAGGUCUGGAGGUGGUCUAUAAGCACAGUGGACAGUUGUGCAUUGGGAUGGGUGGAGAAAGACGAGAAGAGAGCAGAGAAUCUGCUGAUGUGGCCGCGCUUACUUUCAGUGACUUUAUGUACUUAUAUUAACAGCUGGAAAUAGGUUGUUGGGUUUUGAGCAGGCUGUUAUAGUGAGGAAUGUUCAUUUUUAAAUGUUCCUAACAGAUUUUGCUUUGGAAAAAUGCUUGUUACAUGAAUAAUUUGUGGACCAGGGAUUGCUUUUCUGAAGGCAGUAUAGGGAACAUGAAUAUUCAAGAUGAAAUACAAAAAUUAUGUUUAAGGGUCAUAGUGUAUAAGUAGCUUCCUAGGAAACCCUUUGUGUAUCUUUUCAGACUGGGGUGGGGGCUGAGCAUGCUUGUGCAGAAAGAAGCCAUAGCCAGAAAGGACAGAAUCUCUCCCCAACUCCCUUGCCCCAUAACCAAACAUAAGCUAGCUAGUCUUGUCUAAUAGAUGGGAUUUACUAUAGGUGAAGAUAGCCCUCAUAUUCAAGGACAGAAGCUCUGGCAGGAGUAAAUUAGCAAAGCAGAAAUAGUACCCUUUCAUUCUUGGAGGUGCUUUGAAAUUUUUGGUAGAAUAAAGAUAUAAUCGAAAUUAUGGAGUUUCCUUAGUGCUCAAUAAUAUAAGACCUGGUGUUAUUAGAACGAGUCUUUCUUAUAAACUAACAGAGCAGGUAUAUGCCUGUUAGAUCUUAGCUGUGGGGUUCCUUUACUAUUGGGUGAAUCAUUAGGUAUAAAAAAUAAUCAUCAACCAGGCAAAUUACUUUGCUUCCUAGCUGAUGUCAUCCCACAUUGGUACAGGUGUUAUUCAGUACUGGGUGGUUCAGCAGGGAAGCCGGGUGGGACCAGUGUGUCUGUCAUGAAACCACUAACUGCAUUCCUGACUGAAGAGCCAUCUGUCAUUUAUUGGGGAAGGUCUUCAGUUGAGCUCUCAGCCUUAGGAAGGAAGCACGUGGAGGAGGGACGGAGGAGGGACGGAGGAGGUUCCCCUGCUGGGCAUGCUUCGUGGAGGGUCAGGAGCAGCAGGUCAUGUGCACAUGCCGUUGCAGCACAAGCUUAUGCUUCCCGUAGCCGUGGCUUUUCAUUCUGCACAGUCCCAGGUCCCAGCUCCCCUCUUAUGGUUUCUGUCAUAAUGUGCUUUAUCUGACUGACUCCAAAUAUCCCGAAAUGUCACCUGCAGAUUUCUCGUGGGAACCAAUAUGUACAUGUUUGCAAUUAUGCUGUGAGAGUUUAAAUGUGUUAGAUGGAAAAUGCUGUUGGCAGGGAAUAAUAAUAAAAAAAAAAGAAAAUCAUUCUGUUUCCUGCGGUGAGAACUGGCCAUGUAGUCUUAACGGUCUUUUGUACAAAUAUCUACAAAGCAGAUAAUAUCCCUAUCCAGUGCUUGCCCUUGGAAUUGUCUCUAAAUGCAUCAAGCAUACAAUAAAAAAACCUGAAAUUAA